ACAGAUAUACACAGCAACAGUUCAGUGGGUUUAACGCGUUGGUCGAGCGGCAUAAGGACUCAGCAACAACAACAUAGUAGGUUUAUUUUGCAGCACAUCGUGCAUUUGUCAGUCCUUGGAGGAGGUUGUGUGUCGUCGAUGGGCAGGGCUAUGCUCCUCCAGAGGUGUCUCGGUCCCACCCUGCUGUCAGCUGGCCACCGUUCAGCAGGAGGGAGGAAACAGACGCCGUUCACCCCGGAGCUGAAACACGUGUCUCUCUUUAGGAGUCCCAGCAGCAGACACGGCAUGGCGGAAGAAGCGAAGAAACUAGCAGGCUAUGCUGCGGUGGAUAAUCAUGUUCAGAACAACCAGGUGGUUGGAGUGGGCAGUGGAUCCACCAUUGUGUAUGCUGUAGACAGACUAGCGGAGAGAGUUCGCCAGGAGAAACUCAACAUAGUGUGUGUCCCCACCUCCUUCCAGGCUCGUCAGUUGAUUCUGCAGCAUGGUCUAACCCUGUCUGAUCUGGAUAGACACCCAGAGCUGGACGUGGCCAUCGAUGGGGCAGACGAGGUGGAUGCUGCUCUCACACUCAUCAAAGGAGGAGGAGGCUGUCUGACUCAGGAGAAGAUUGUAGCCGGCUGUGCCAAACACUUCAUCGUCAUCGCUGACUUCAGGAAGGACUCCUCGGUCCUGGGCCAGCAGUGGAAGAAGGGUGUUCCUAUUGAGGUGAUCCCUAUGGCCUACGUCCCCGUCUCCAGGACGAUAGCCAAGCGCUUUGGAGGGGAGGCAGUACUCCGCAUGGCUGUCAGUAAAGCUGGUCCGGUGGUAACGGACAACAGUAACUUCAUUCUGGACUGGAAGUUUGAACACACUCACAACUGGAAGGAGGUCAAUAUCGCUAUCAAGAUGAUUCCAGGUGUGGUAGAGACAGGUCUGUUUGUGGGGAUGGCAGAGCGGGUGUACUUUGGGAUGGAGGAUGGUAAUGUUGGGGUCAGAGACCCUCCAGUCAACUGACCUGAGCCCCCCUCCACCUGGAACCAACCAGCACCCCCCCCUCCACCUGGAACCAACCAGCACCCCCCCCUCCACCUGGAACCAACCAGCACCCCCCCCUCCACCUGGAACCAACCAGCACCCCCCCUCCACCUGGAACCAACCAGCACCCCCCCACCUCCACCUGGAUCCAACCAGCCUCAACCACAGUGCCCUAUUUUAUUAUGCAUGCAUCCCAAAUGGCCACCUAUUCUCUAUAUAGUGCACUACUUUAGAUCAGAGCCCUAUGGGUCCUGGUCAAAGUGCCCUAUUAGAGCCCUAUGGGUCCUGGUCAAAGUGCCCUAUUAGAGCCCUAUUGGUCCUGGUCACAGUGCCCUAUUUAGAGCCCUAUGGGUCCUGGUCACAGUGCCCUAUUAGAGCCCUCUGGGUCCUGGUCACAGUGCCCUAUUAGAGCCCUCUGGGUCCUGGUCACAGUGCCCUAUUAGAGCCCUCUGGGUCCUGGUCACAGUGCCCUAUUAGAGCCCUCUGGGUCCUGGUCACAGUGCCCUAUUAGAGCCCUCUGGGUCCUGGUCACAGUGCCCUAUUAGAGCCCUCUGGGUCCUGGUCACAGUGCCCUAUUAGAACCCUAUGGGUCCUGGUCACAGUGCCCUAUUAGAGCCCUAUGGGUUCUGGUCACAUAGCCCUAUUAGAGCCCUAUGGGUCCUGGUCACAGAGCCCUAUUAGAGCCCUAUGGGUCCUGGUCACAGUGCCCUAUUAGAGCCCUAUGGGUCCUGGUCACAGUGCCCUAUUAGAGCCCUAUGGGUCCUGGUCACAGUGCCCUAUUAGAGCCCUAUGGGUCCUGGUCACAGUGCCCUAUUAGAGCCCUGUCGGUCUAGUUAUAAACUUGUAGCCUGUAUUUACUCACUGUGGCUGUAGCAAAACCUGCAUGGACUCCCUGAGUGGUUUCUAUUCUCUUCAGAUAAACAGAGAACCCUGGUGCAGUUGGAGCACACUGAAACCAAUGGGCCCUCGUCAAAUGUAGUGCAUUAAAAUAGGGAAUAGGGUGGCAUUUUGACCACUAGCCUGAACAUCUGUCUCUGUUUGUACUGAGAACUGUCUCAUCAUGUUGUUGAUCAUUUGCCUGGUCCCAGGUCUGCCUCUGGUUGCCUGGUCCCAGGUCUGCCUCUGGUUGCCUGGUCCCAGGUCUGCCAAGCUAGCAAUGCGUGUUGAAGUCGGCAGGAUGGCCCACACACUGUUUCUCAGGACAUGUCUCUGUCUAGUUGUCUCACAUCGUUUCCUUUCGUUGCUCAAGCCAGCCUUGUGCCAUUCUUCUUACCUAAUACCAGAGUUGCAGGGCCUGGAUUUACAAAACAUUUCUUAAGGUUUUCAAAAUCCAGGCCCUGGUGUACUCAAUGCUCCCUGAGUCUCCGCCUGCUUCCAAACAGCAGUACAGGGGAAGAUGUGUUCAAAGGGGGGGGGGUCGUGUCGUCAACUUAACACUUGAACAUGGUUAUAAUGCACCAAAUGUAACUAUUAAAUGGUCGUGCAUGUCCUGAUCUGUAGCCUACUGGCUGUCCUGACUGUCUGUGUGUGGCUCCAAUAACAUCACUUCUUCUAUUGUAGAUCCUUUAUGGGUCAAUUAGCAGGAUGUUGCAGUUUAGCACCAGCUACACCUCUCUCUACCUACCAUAGCUACACCUCUCUCUACCUACCAUAGCUACACCUCUCUCUACCUACCAUAGCUACACCUCUCUCUACCUACCAUAGCUACACCUUUCAAUGACUAUAUGAAUGUGAUGAAUUGGCUGUCUUCAAGCUGUAAGUACUGGGUUGUAUUAAAGAUGAAACCAACAUUACGGUUUCUUUUAUCUAGAA